AUGAAGACCUUUACUUUUUUGGCUUUGUUUGGCUUUGUACUGGCUGUUGGCUUUUCAGUCGCAGUAACUGAAAGAGAGUUGGCUGACAUAGCAGAUGAAUUUGAAGCAGAAAAACUUCGAGGUGAAGAAUACAUGACAGAGAACGAUGGAGAGUUCGAUGAGGAAGACCUAGAGGACGAUGAUGAGGCAAUUUCCAGAAGUAAAAACGAUAUGGUAACUGAACACGAGGAGUUUGAAGAAGGAGCAUUCGACAAUGAUGAUGACAGAGACGAAGUUAGUGACGAAGAUGACGUAGGAGUAAUAGAAAAAUCAGCUGAUCCUUUUCGCUUUAGACGCCGGUUCAGACGGCUUAGACGGCUUAGACGGCUUAGAAGGUUCAGAGGGCGUACAGGCAUUCGACCUCGGUUUCGUCGUAGAUUUCGCGGUUAACGAAAAUGACGGAAUGAACAAAGGUCUGGUGAAGGUCUUGAUCAAUACCCUGCUUGAAAAUGCAAGGAGAUCUUAAGACCACUCGUGAUAAGACAGCUUGUUCUACUUCUGAAAUAUAAUGAGAAGAAAAAGUUGUGAUUUGCUUCAAAUUCGCGUCAAUGAAAAUAAAGAACGUUCACCAA